GCAGACACACAAUUGGCACUGGAGGUCAUGCCCAACUCUACAGUGUUUACUCUGUCUGGGAUCAACGCCAGCAUGGAAAGCAGAUACGUUUUCUUCUGCAUAACGUUUCUUUACUACCUUGUCAUCAUCGCUGUAAACCUGAUAAUAAUUGUCACAGUCGCCCUGAGGAAGCCGCUCCACGAGCCCAUGUACGUGUUUCUCUGUAACCUCUGUGUCAACGGACUGUAUGGGACGUCGGGGUUCUACCCCAAGUUCCUGUAUGAUCUGCUCUCUGACGUCCAAGAAAUCUCACGGCCAGGAUGCUUCGUUCAGAUUUUUGUGAUUUACUCUGGUGUCCUGUGUGACUUUUCCACGUUAACAGUGAUGUCUUAUGACAGGUCUGUGGCCAUAUGCAGGCCGUUGGAGUAUCACACAGUCAUGACGGGGGGGAAGAUUUUGAAGUUUAUUGUGUUGUCAUGGAUAGCCCCCAUUAUUUGCAUGUCUGUUUUGGUUUUUGUGAGCUCUGGACUAACUCUCUGCGGGUCACACAUUGAGAAACUUUACUGCGAGAGCUGGGCUAUUGUUAAAAUGUCUUGUUUCCCAACUACACUGUAUAAUGUUCUUUCCUAUAUUGUAAUACUCACAUAUGCGGGAAAUUCACUUUUAAUUAUGUUUUCCUAUGUAAAACUGGUCAAAAUCAGUUUGAAAUCCUCAGAGAAUCGAAAAAAAAUUAUGCAGACAUGUACUCCACAUUUACUGUCGUUAAUUAACGUGACAGUGGCCUUGCUGUUCAAUAUGAUGUACAGUCGAUAUGGAUCCAGAGAUAUUUCACAGGGCUUACGCCACUUCCUCGCAUUAGAGUUUCUCAUAGUACCUCCUCUUCUCAAUCCCUUGAUUUAUGGCCUAAAAUUGAGUAAGGUCCAGAAUGAGGUCUUGAGGUAUGUGAGAAGUAACACUGUAAAGUUUUAA